AUCAUAGUUCGUGGUGGUGAUCUAUUCUAUUUUAUGGUUAGAGCCUACAGUGAUAACAGUGAUAGCUGAAACGGUAAUUAGUAGGAAUGAUAAGAUAAAAACAAGUAAGCUUCCGAUGAACAAAGGAAUUUCAUUUAAGUUUUCCGUUUUUCUGUACUGUUAUCUUCUAACUUCUAAACUUACCCGUUACCGUGACAUUAAAAUGUAUUGAUCAUAAUAUGACAUUAAAAACGCAAUAUUUUUAUUAUUUACACUAAAAUUUUAUGUACACUGCAUAUAUGCAUUAUUGUACUAUAUAUAAGUAGACCUAUCAUAUUAACAAGUAACAACUAUUGAAUUCGCCCAUAUACAAUGUCAUAUAAAAACCAAAAAUUAAAUAGCAGAAUCAUGUCGGAUGAUGAAUCUCUAUAUGAAAGUGAUUAUUUAACAUCAGUUUUAAGUAUGGUAAAUGGUUACUGUAAGAUAAAUUUAGUCGUACCACAGACUAGUUUAUUUUACUCGGGCGAUAGUUUAUUGCCAAUCAAUGCAAAAGUAAAUGAUACUACACUUAAUAAUAAUAGCCAUAAAAACCAAGUGAUUAAUACACCUGAAAGCUUGACGAAUGUAUUUAAAAAUAUUGACCUAAAAGUUGAUGAAAAUAUAGAUGACAAGACAUUUCAUUCACCUAACAAAACAUAUGUUGAUGAAUUGCAAGUAUAUUCAAAACCAUCUUAUUCAGACAACAGCAACCUUUUAGUAAAAACAGAGGAAAAUAAAAGUGAACCUAAAGGUAAAAAAAAGAAAAAUAAGUAUAAUAGAGUUUCCUCGUUGGAUAAUCAGACUUUAGUACCUUCUACACAUAAAGAUCAGAAUUGCUCAAAUGAAUAUUUUAAUCAGUUUGAAAGUGAUGUAUUAGAUGAUGGACAUAUCAAACAAGAACAAGAACUUCGAAACAAACAAGCGAAAAAUAUUAAAAAUAGUAUUAGUAACAAUGGUCAUCAAUCAAGAUCUCGAACAUCACCACCACGUCAAAAUCCUGAGAAUGAAAUUACAAAUGAAAAUGUAUCGCUCCAAUCUCAAUGCCCUUUAUGCUUUGGGUUGUAUCCUACGCCAGAUAUUGAGGCACAUGCGUCAGAAUGCAGCAUCUAAAUAUCACAAUAUUGUAUUUAAGGAAUUAUUAUUGAAUUAAAGUUAUAUUAUUAUUUAACUGUUUAUAUUCAAUUUUUUACAUUCCAUUACUUAAACUAAUAAAAUAAUUAUAUGGUCUACUAAAAUUUACCAAGUUCCAAAUUUGUACAGUGUUAAAAAUAUACGAAAGAGCAUUGUAUGGAUGUAAAAAUCAUAAGACGAAAUAAGUGAAAUAUAUUAUCAUAAAUUUACAAUACACUAACUUUCAGUUUUUCUUCACCAAAUUGGUAUUUUGCUAUGUUAAUGAUUUAAAGGUAAAAUGUUGUUUGUUAGUUAAUUCAGUGUUAUUACUCUUUUGUUAUAAAUACCAGGUUGUUGGAAAAAUCAA